UGUUAAUGCGGAUAGUGUGUUUCCAAAUACGGACAUUUGAUAAAUAUUUGACUCACAAAGUUGAAUAACAACAUUUAAACGAGGUAAUACCAGUCGAUGUUUACGUUUUAUGUGUUUUAAUGUUACUUUUCAUAACCCUGCAGUGAUUUUUGAUCGUUAUUAAAGGGAAUAGUCGGAAUAUUAUCGGAGUGUGUCUAUUCUAAAUUACAAAGAUGUGCCCCAUAAAUUGGCUACCAACAUAAAGGAAGGACGACGCGGAUUACGUUUUCAAUACAAGUUUUUCAUUUGGAUGUAACCUGUAGUGUGUCAUAAAUCAAAGAGUACUAUUUAGUGUUUGGAUCUAUAACCAUUAAUUUGAUCUGUGCAUUGUGUGACGAUGGCGUAUGUCGGAGCCAGUGGUCAGGUGGAUGGCUCGUGGGAGCUGAAGAUUCUCGUCACAGACCUGCAGGUCGAACCCACAUUGAGGGUGAAUGGCGACCUUCACAUUGGCGGCGUUAUGGUCAAGCUUGUAGAGUCACUAGACAUCGCAAUGGACUGGUCAGACCAUGCCCUCUGGUGGCCGGAGAAGAACCGUUGGCUCAAGCGAUCACGCUCCACGCUUGACCAGUAUGGUGUUCAGGCGGACGCAAAGCUUCACUUCACUCCCAUGCAUAAAAACCUUCGUGUUCAGUUACCGGACUUGAAGAUUAUGGACUUGAGGACUAAUUUCAGUGAAGAUGUCUUCCACUCGGUGAUGGGACUUUGUAAGGAAUUGGGAAUUCGACAUCCAGAAGAAUUGUCGCUCAUGAGACGCAUGGACAAGGAAGAUUUAAAAAAGAACAUUAAAGAAAAGUUAAACCCGAAAGAUAAGAAAAAGAAAAGAGAAAAAUACGAGGACAGUUUGGGUGUGAAUGGCAAUGGAUCAGUGCAUCAUAAUUCAAACAACAGUCUUGACAGAUUGAGUCCAUACAAUAGGAGUCCGAUGGGACCUUCACCUUCUCUCUAUAAUGGACACUUUGAUUACAACACACUACAGCUUCACGAGACGUCCAGCAUGCCCGGUAGCCCUUACAACACACUGUCCCCUAACGGCAACCUCAGCAAUGGGGUCCUGUCCCCGGGUUCCAUGUACAGCCUCUCCUUCGAGAAUGCGGUGGAGUCCUCACUGGUCCACAGCUCUCCCAUAGCCACCAAGGACGCCCUGGUGUACCUGGCCCGACCCAAGAACUUUAUUGAGAAGGCCCGGAUAAACUUUACGUGGCUGGACUCCUCACGGUCCCUGAUGGAGCAAGGCCUGCGUGACAAUGACACCUGUCUGCUGAAGUACAAGUUCUACAACUUCUAUGACCUCAAUCCCAAGUAUGAUGCAGUGCGCAUCAACCAGCUCUACGAGCAGUCUAAAUGGGCAAUCAUCUCCGAGGAGAUCGACUGCACAGAAGAGGAAGCCAUGAUGUUUGGGGCGCUUCAAGUCCAGAUCCAGCUGAUGUCUGGUUUUUCCGGUAACGACACGAUCGACUCAACAAUGCCGGACGAAGGUCGUGAUGACAUUGAUGCUGCGCUUAGCAACCUGCAGGAGUCGCUGGAGGGCAGCUCGAUAUCCUCGCCUAGUGAUAUCACACAUGUGCCAGUGCUGUCUGACUACGUCAAGUUUUUAAAACCAAAGAAGUUCACAUUGAAGAGUUACAAGCGUUACUGGUGCACAUUUCGAGACACGCACGUUGCCUUCUACAAGUCUCAGGAGGAAGCGACCGGGGCUCCAAUCAACCGAGUAAACUUCAAGGGCUGUGAGGCCCACCCCGAUGUCAAUCUCCAGCACGAGAAGUACGGAAUCAGACUGUACAUCCCCGCUGCUGAUGGAAUGGAGGAAAUCUGGCUGAGAUUUGAUACUGAGGACCAGUACUGCAAGUGGAUGGCGGCUAGCAAGCUGGCAUCGAAGGGUAAGACAAUGGCUGACAGCUCGUUUGAGUCAGAGGUGCAAUCCCUCCAGAAGCUUCUUAGUAUGCAGAAGACAACCAGCAGUCCGCUCAAGGUUCUCACGCCGAACCAGCUGAAUAUCAACCCUGAAGAUUUCGUUUCGCAACGACAUUUCAAGAAGGUCAAGUCAAAGCAGAUAUACCAGCGUAUCAUGGAGGCCCAUGCCAAUGUCAAGGACAUGAGUCUUACAGAUGCAAAGUUGGCGUACAUAAGAGCCUGGCAGGCAUUACCAGAGUUUGGCGUCUCCUACUUCAUCAUUAAGAUGCAUAACAGCAAGAAAGAGGAGCUGCUUGGCAUCCACCCCAACAAGGUGAUCCGAAUGGAUGUGAACUCAGGGGACUCGUUGAAGACGUGGCGCUACGAUAGCCUGCGCAGCUGGCACGUCAACUGGGAGGUGCGUGAGGUUAUCCUUGACUUUGAGGAAGGCAAGGUGCAGUUCUCGUCUCUCAGCGCGGACUGCAAGGUCGUGCACGAGUUCAUCGGGGGUUACAUCUUCUUGUCGAUGCGCUCCCAGGACAAGAGCCAGACGCUGGAUGUCGAACAGUUUCACAAGUUGACUGGCGGGCGAACGUGAAGCGGUGUUUUAAGUGAAUUUUAAGUGACUGUUUUGACUGGGUCACAGUCAGUGACUGUGGAUAAUAGCAAUAUGAGGGUUGAAUGCAAAACUAGUGUAAGAGUUGAACUUCUGUAAUGCCAGAUACACUACUUUUGUAGUCAACCCUUGCAUGUAUCAUAUGAAAUGAUGGGAGUUGAUAAUCAAGCAUUUAGUGCCUAUACGAUACAUAACUGUGUUAUCACUGCUGUAUGCUAUCUUGUUGUUGUCAACCACUUGCCUGUCAAUCUGCGAGUUCUAUCAUGCUAGAAAGUACAAACAAGCGUAUAAAGUUUAAAAAAUUUAAAGUCAUUCAUUGAAUGACGUGUAAGCAACCAUCCCGGUGGUAAUGGAUGAAUAGCAGGCCAGGUAAAAGAUGCCUUAAGAAAAUUACAACUGAUGUACUAAUUUUAUAUCAUGAACAAUCUUAUGUUUAAGAGUAUUUUCAACUUGAUAGUCCUUCCAUUCAUUAGUAAAAUGGUGGAUUUCGGUUUCAAGAAAUGUAUGUCGCUGUACUGUGAUUGUAAUAAAUAUUGCUGUAAUUUUGUUAAUAUUUUAUCUUAAUCACUCUGUAUAUUAAACAAGAAGAUCACCUAGAGUAAGUGUGUGGUUAAAAGCUUUCCUACUUAGAAGCAAAGUGCAAAUGGCUAUGUGCAAACAGCAUAAAACCAGAACAGCCUGUGAGUAACUUGCAGUCUGUUCAGGUUUUAUGCUGUUUGCUGCUCAUCAGUAUCUAAGGUUUGGAGAUGAAGCCUUAAAAACUUAUAUCCAGUAAGAAAGGUCUUAAAGUAAAUAUAACUUUCAAAGGGACUAGAAAUGGGUCAAAAUAUGUAUCUAAGUGGGAAAGGGUUUAAACCAUUAUGCCAAGAAAUUUACCUCAGAUUCAGGACUGAUGUGGUGAUAGUCCUUGUAGAAGAAGGGAAAUUAUUAUCAUUUCUAGAAUAAUCAUUAACUCUUUCACUGCUGGAACCGAAUUUUAAAGGCCUUUGCAAACAGUUUGAAUCCAGAUGAGACGCCACAGAACGUGGCGUCUCAUCAGGAUCCAAACUGUUUGCUAUUCUGAUAGUAUUCUUUGGAAAAAAAAAAUCGAAGAAAAUGCUAAUUUUAGAAAUUCUGCAGACGACAUUUUAGCAGACGACAAAUUUCCCAGAAGGCAAAGGGUUAAAAUAAUGAACAUUUUAUGUUGCAGAAAAUCUCUAACUACUAUCACUGAUAACAAGAAUGAUUAUAAUUUAGUAACACCAGGUUGCAAUGGUGGUGAAAUUUCAAAUUGUGACCAUUUCGAAGGUCAGUACAAAUAUGUUGUUAUUAUCAUUUCUGUGUGUUUUUGACUUUGUAAUAUGGAUGGUACGCUUAAUGCAAGGAUUAAAGGAUUUUCAAGUUUUUCUCGUCUUUGCUUGCAUUUGUUGUUUUAUGGGAAUCUGUAAGUAUCCAACACUGACUGCAUUAACAUAUUUAUGGUGCCAUUUAUUAUGUUCAAAAUUUGGUUUAUCAAGCGGCAAGUUUUUAAGCUUUAUUUGCACACAAUGGUUUUAAACAUUUUUCUUCCAUAUGUAUUUGUUCAAUUUUAUAAUUUAUUUUGUUGUAUAUUAUUAACCUGCCCUAUGUUAUGCAUAUAUACAUUGUAUACAACUUGAGUAAGAAUCCUUUCAAUUAAAUAUUAUACAUUUUGAUUUUAUUAAUACAUGAUUUUCUCCAGCAUGAUAAGUACAGGUACCAAAAAUUUGUGAAGGUACAGCAGGCCUUUAAAAAGGUACAGUCUAAAUAAUGUUAGCUGGUGUUUUUUUUUUUUAUUUGUGUUUAGAUUGCAUAACGAACAUGAGCAGCGCUGGUAUCACAUUUUGAAGGAGGUGGUGCUUUUUGCAGUUUAUUUAUUUUUACUUGUUAUGAAGUGCCUACUUUGGUGUUAAACCAGAUGUCUUUGUUGUUGUACUUUUACAUAAACUUAGUCUAUAUUUCAGUUGAUUUUGUAUUUUAUGUUUCUAUAGAGUACCCUUGUUUAUCAGAUGUUGUAUUUUUUUGCAGCCAAGCUUUCAAAGUACAAAAAAUGUAAAAAUUAAACACAUUCAUAUUGUUGUGUACUCUUUAAAUAUUUUCACAAACAGAGAUAAACAUCUGUUCACACUCUGAAUAGCGUUGCAUAUCGACAUUUGUCAUUUUUCUACUUAUUUAUUUUAUUAUAAUGAAAAUAAACUUAAGUCUAUUGUAUUGUAAACAAAAUUAUUGUUUUUACGAAAGAGUCUAUUUCUUCAAGCACUUAGUAAGCCUCAGUACAGUCUAUAUUAUUGUUGUUGUUGACCAUUUGACGGGCCUCGUUUUCAUGCCAAGAGCCAAAUAUUGUGGAAUAUAAAUAUUGUAUGCAUGUAAAUACUGCUUCACACCGUUAUGUUGUUGGAAAAAGAACUUGGCAUCUGUGUGUGUAACCCAAUGUAAGAGAUUAUUGUAUAUUCCUCAUACCCUAUCGCUACAGCUACAUUAUCAGUCAUGUAUUGUAUUUAUAGAUCUCAUACUGUUAAAUCAUGUAUCAUAUACUAUUGCAAAAUAAACAACAAAUACUGCUAAGAAAA